GGGUAGGGAGAAAGCGGAAAAAAAGGAGGAGAAAGGGGAGGAGAUGAAAGACAAGGGGAGAAGGAAAGAUCGGCCGGAGAGGAGGCGAAAGGCCGGGGAGGAGAGGAGGCAGCCAGCUCGGCGGAGAGGAAAGGGACAGGACACGGCGCCCCACCGGCCAUGCGUCUCCUGGCCACGGCGCUGGCCGCCCUGCUGGCCUCGGCCCCGGCCCCAGAUGUUUGUGAGGCUUUAAAUGUGACGGUUUCUCCAGGACCAACAGUGCGGUACUCUGAGGGAGAUAAUGCUACCCUUUACUGCCACAUUUCUCAAAAGAGAAAGAUGGACAAUUUGCUGGCUGUGCGGUGGGUCUUUGCUGUGUCACCCACCCAGGAGUAUCUGAUGAUCAAAAUGACCAAAUUUGGGUCUGUCCAGUAUUAUGGGAAUUAUACUCAUCAUUUCCAUAAGCAAAGACUUCGUCUUCUUAAAGAAAAACAUGGAACUAUGUACAAAUUUCUUAUUCUAAGCCUCCAGCAAACAGAUCAAGGACAUUAUAUAUGUAAAGUUCAGGAAAUUGGAAAACACAGGAAUAAGUGGACAGCCUGGUCAAAUGGUACAGCAGCUACUGAAAUAAGAGUGAUUUCAUCAAAAACUUCUGAUGAUCCCACUUACAAGAAAAAACAUGAAGCUUGGAAGUUUUUUGAAGAUCUGUAUGUGUAUGCAGUGUUUGUGUGCUCAAUAGGAAUCAUCAGUGUUCUCCUUUUUACACUCGUCAUUCUCUGUCAGUCACUUCUGAACAAGAGGAGAUGCACAGUGAAGCAUUACCUGGUGAAAUGCCCCCAGAACAGCUCAGGGGAGACUGUGACCAGUGUGACGAGCUUGUCCCCUCUGCAGCCCAAGAAGGUGAAGAAAAGGAAAGAGAAAGCAGAGCUGCCACCAGCCAUCCCAGAAAAAGCUCCAAUACCUAAUAUUCCUAAGCCCAAGCUCUUGAAACCUCAAAGAAAAUUGAUCCUGUAACACUUACUGGCACUGCUGCCUGGAAAGCUAUGGAUGUCCCAUCCCUGGAGACGUUCAAAGCUGGGCCCUGACCUGGUGGGGAGCACUAAACCCAUGGCUGGAUGAUCUUUAAUAUUCCUUCCAACCCAAACAUUCUGUAAUUCUAUGACUUUGUAAAGUGAUGAAUUAUCUUGGCUCUUUUCAUUUUGAGCACUAGGUUACACUGGAUUAUAUUUUCCCACUUUCUUGCAGUUGUUGUGCCUACAGAUUUAGCUUGUUCUUAAAUGAAACUUGCUUGAUUCUCACGUGCUGCUGGGAGCUGGUGCUCGGGAGAACGUCUCUUUUCAGCAGAUAAUAGUUGUGCUGCCUUCGUGACUUUUCAAGUCAGAAAGAGGGGGACUGGAUUCUGCCCCAUAGUGGUGUAAGUCAGCAAUAGCUGAAGGGAUGAAAUGUAUAUUUGCAGCUCGUAAUAAGGUAGAAGAAAUCUUAGAUCUGCUUUCUAGUGGGCGUGACUUUCUGUUUAUAAACACCUGUGGAUAUUUGCUAGCCAAACCAGCUAGAUGAGCAGGUGCACCUGGCCCAGACAGCUGGGGUAGCAGAGACAGCUUUAUAGCAGUUAUUUCAACUGCAUCUAUGGCCAGGCCUCUGCAGGGCUCCCUAUGGACUCAAUAGACUGAGGUGAGUUGGAGCAGGAGCCUAGCUCUACAUUUUUGGGGAUACUUUCUCCCUUUGCUGGCAAUGGAGAGGGUGAUUAACUCCCUGACUUCAGCAGUUGGGUGGAUGUGGGUGCCUAAAGUUAUGUUGUGUGAGUAACCCAAAUGCCUCUGCAAUGAGCUCACUUUCAGGUGAGGAUUGGGAGCCUUCCCACCAAUUGUCACAGAAUUUUCCCUGCCCUUUUAUGCAUGGUCAGGGCACAGCCUGGCUACCUUGGCACAAGGCAUUUUUUUAAUCCUCAAAAAUCUCUCAGAUUUUAAACUUUCCAUCCCCUUUGGGGUGAAAAAAAAAUUGCCAUCCUGCCAAAAUUCUGCAGGAUAAGAGAUUGCUUUCCUUCCAGCUGUAAUGAUUGCACAGCUGGUGUCAGCAGUGGGCCUUUUUUCCACAGAUGGCACAGAGCUGGAAUGAGAGACUCAAACUGUGGAGGUUUCAGGGCUUCUUCUUGCAGCUUCCCUGUGCAGCCCAAGGAAGUACCACACCAGGAGAAUAUUCCAGAAAAUCUAAGCAAACAAGCUUGAGUAUAAGGAAACAUUACAAAAUAAUUCCAGUGUUUUGGGAAAAAUUUUGUAAUAACCUAAAUACUGGCAGAAUUAUUUCCAGAGGACAUGUGCUUUUGGUUUCUUGAAAGAUGUUUAUAAUAAACCAGCAAAUUUCUUUUGUUGUUAACAUGCUAGAGUGGAUUGCAGUAUAAUUUUACAAGAAUACAAUAACCUGGAUAAAAUAUGGACAUAAUCUCAAUGAAAAUUAAAAACAAAAAGAGAAAACCUAAUAUCAUGUUCAAUUGCACAGCUUUGAGUAAAGCUUUUUAAAAACUCUGCUUAUGUCAUAUUGCUUUUGCUUUAGCCAGAACAACAAUUCUAUGCUCCCCUUGUUGCAAAAACAUUCCCCAUCAGUGUCAUUCUCUAUUAAGAUCAGUGAGAAAUGUGUACAGAUCAGAGGAAAUAGAGAUGAUGAACUGCAAAAAGGGAUGGGUUUUAUAGCAUGCAAGAAGCCCAGAGAGUCAUUAGGAAGAAGAAAAUUCUAGAGGCCCACAAAUUCUUCUCUCUAAGGAAGAUUCAGCUACAGCCUUAAGUACAUAGCCCUUUGAGUUGGUAGCUACAAAUCUUGUACUUCUUCAACCAAAUUUUUUGGUAAACGUUUCAUUGCCUCCUAGAGGUUAGUUGUUAUAGUCCAAGAGUUUCAGGUGCUGAACAUAGAAAUGGAAAGGUUUUCACAAACAUUUGCACCACCAAACAUAGGAGUUGUUGUGAGAUUCACUGGAGCUAAUGGAAAGAACUUGGUUUCAAGUUAUACCAAAUACUGCAAACUUGAGUAAAAAUUUUACUGACUUCAUCUCCUUUAUAUUAAAUUAUAAGGAAAGGAAAGUCUGUGCAGGUAAGGCAGAAUCCAGGAAAUAUUCCUGAUUCUGCCACUGACGAGUCAGAUUGUCAUCCCACUUUGUAAACACAUGAAUCCAUGUUACAAAUGAUGCCUCUGGUCCUAGUUCCUUCGAUACCCUAUAAAUGUAAAGCACACGGUCCAUAGGAGUUGGCUUCUACUGCUCCCGCGUUGAUAAGUUGUUACUGGAGGGCAUCUGAGUUCUGUUAAUCACAGGACACAUAUUGGUCCUGUUUGUAUUCUAAAGCAGAGAGCUUCCAGUAACUGUAUUUGAGCUAUCUGUAAGAAGCACCUCUAUCUACAGCCCAUAUAGUGCAGACAGCAUUGUUUAUCCUGGCAGGGGCCAAAUCAAAUGGGAAGCUCAGAUUUUUUUUUUUCCCAGCUUUGAAAAAUCCCAUCCUUAUUUUCCAUUGCAGGCUAAGUGCUGGACAGUGUGCUGCAUGCCAGUCAGUGCAUGUCAGGACAGUCCCUGCACAGAAAGCGCUGACUCUGCAGUGAGCAGUGUGUCUGAAAGCCUGCCGUUUGCUAGCAACUCAUCCAGGCACAGCUGUCCUGAUUCUGCUGUGUCUGCAAGGCAGAAGGGAGUUGUUUUGAACACGAACUCAUGUUUGACUCCUGUGGAACUGAGAAGGCCACAUUUCGCUCUCACUGUCCACAUGUGUUCAGCCAAAUUAAGCUUAUUUCGCAUUUAGCUCAGUGUUCUAUAUAUGUGUAUAAUUCCAAAUCAAGGAAUGAAGAAAGGCGCUCCUAGAGCUGCCCAGAAGCUGAAUGUUCCUUCACCUGAAAAAUCAUUUUGACUUUUAGGUUUCAGGAGUAUGUUUGCCACUGUACAAUUAACCAACCAGACCCACUGCAUAUCUAAAGCGGUGACUUUGGUGUCCUUUUGCGAAAGGGUGUAGCUGUGCAAGUGCAUGAUCUGCAGUCUCAGAAUUGCUUCAGGGAGCACUGAAACAUACAUAGAGAAGCUCCUUUUGCUUUUUGCAUGCAGACGAAUUUGUGCAUUCUAAAUGAUGCUCCAAGCUGUUAUCCUACAACUUCAGCCUCACAGGAAUACAGGAACAAAUUUUCCCAGUGCAAGGUUAUUAUGCACGAUUAACAGAUUUUUUUCCUCCCCUCUUUUUCAUCUUACAAUUAGGCAGUACAUUAUUCAAAACCAGUCUUAUGCUGUGUUCAGCAUGCCAGCUAGGAAAAAUGGGCUCAUCAUUUUUUGUGCAACAAGUAGAACUGCUGAUAAGUCUCAACAUGAUCUUUUCUUUCUUAAACAAAAGGCAAAUGAAAUACUGCUCAGUAACCUCUAGGACUCCGGAUCAGAGAACUAUCAUGUCUCUCUUCCUCGUGCAUGAUUUUAAAUUAAAAGCCAUCCUCUGCUAGAGGUUGUUUCCUCCACAACAUGUAAUAGUCGGUGAUUUAAGAUCCCAGUUUCUCAAGGUAUUAUUUAUCUCCACAGACUUCAAGUAACAUUGUGUAUGAUAUACAAAGAAAAAAUGAAUUUUUUUUUCCUCAACUCCCUAUGAUCCUUGAAUAUUUCCAUCCAGUCCACAUAAUUUAUUUCUCUGCCAGAUGAUGUCUCUUCAGCUGUCUCUCAUUAAGGUGUGAGUUGUCCAUUUCUUCAUGAAUAUCAUUUAUAUUGUCAGUUUGAAACUCAGAACAAGUCAUAUUCAAAACUGUUGAGUUAUGUCUACUUUCACAUUCAGGUCCCACAUUGCUACCUUUACCCUAAGAAAGAACAGGUUAUGUAAAUACAGAAAAACUCUUGCUGGAAUUGUGCUGAGAUUUGUGUAUUUACAAAAUCCUACAGUGGAUGAUUUUUAUGUGAUAACACCUUUGGAACACUAAUCAUGUCUCACCAGAAAAAUCCUUCAGCCUUUUUGAAGGACUAAGAGAAAUCAGCCUGAUCUCUAGCAGUGUUCGGAAUCAAGAAAUAACUCUGUAUAACACAUACAGCAAAAUAAUAUGUGGCAUAAAGUAUUAGCAAAGGGAAAGACUCUUCUGCAAAAGCUGUUAAAACAGUCAGGACAAACCUCUGCCAGGUACAUUAACUCUAUUAAUGAAGAAAGAUGAACUAUCUCCCUAUAGAUACCACUAGCUUUAUGUCUAUGGGAUUCUGUUUCUUUAAAAUAAAUGUUUCAAUAGAACUUAGUGAAUCAUCUUUGUUUCUGACUUUGUUAUCAUAACUUCUGUGGGAUUCAAAAGCAAAAUUUAUAUGUGGUGCUGUAAGAGGGCUCACAAAUUAUUGUGGAUGUUGUUUCCAGUGACAAAGCCGCUUCUUGAGAUUAAAAACCAGGCAUCUUAGUGGAAAGAAGCCAUCAUUUUUUUAAUUUGAUAGUGCCACUAAAAGACAUACUUCCCACUCCACGAUUUUCCAGUGUCAGAUUUCUGGGCCUUGGCACAGAGAGCACAAUGGCUCCCUAGAUACUGCAGAACUCCUACUGGCCAGCAGUUGCAUUUCUGAGAGAUAAUUCAACUCACAGAUCUAGCUUCAGCUUCUCACAAAGGUCUGUAGAAGUCAUUUUUUAAGUCCGCCUCUGUUCGGUGAUAAUUCAAUUUGAUCAAUAAGCAAAAUUUUCUUAACCUCAUCUCUUGUUAAAUUCAUUCUGCAUCACAUCCCAAACAAGUCCUUCACAUGCGUUUAUGUGGAGACAGGAUUCUAAGGCAAAUGUCUGAAGCAGUAGUCAAUGAUGCACUUAAGACUAGUGAAUAGGGAAGUGAGACCUUGCCUGCUUACUUUUGUUGUAAACUAGAAUCAAUAGGGUAUCAAUAUUAUUUUUUAAAUUAGAAACUUACAAUCUAUGAUUUGUUUUGCUGUUUUCACAAUGACCAAUAAGGUGAUGAAACAGUGAGGCUCUAAGUGCAAGCUGGCAGCAGUUGUUUUUCACAGAAUCAUAGAAUAAGCUUAGAUUGGAAGGGACCUCAAAUAUCACCUAGUUCCAACCCACCAGACUUGUUUUCCAGACAAGUUAAAAUUACGAGGUUAGUAUUUGCUUGUUUUCUCUAUACAUAUUUCUGAAUUUGAGUAGAAGUAGUCUUAGUUAAAACUUAAAAAAUUCAGUCUGACAUUGCUCACAGUAAACAUCUUUGAUGCUGCCAUUAAACAACCCAGCUGAGCUUUAGAAGAACAAAAUUGACCUAUCUGGUCAUAAUCAGGACAUAAUCAGAGUAAUUUUCAUUAAAAUCUCAACUCAUAAAGGUUUUUUCUAUGCAUUUUUGUGCUGGACAAACUCAAUGAACAAAAUUGUGCAUACACAUACUGUAGCUUUUUUUAAAUAGUUACGUGUAGGACUUCACAGGUUGUCUUUUUGAAAAAAUGUUCCUAUAACUGAACUCUUUCAAAUAGUUGCCCAAAGAAAGAGCUGUGACUGAAAUAAAUAAAAAUUAAAACUGGAAGUGAUUUUGUAUUUGCUAGAGGAUACACUGGAAAAUGAUGACUCUCUUCCUAACGUAUUUCUGCAAAGGGUGUGAUUCCAAGACAAGAACAAAACAGAUGAACAAGAUAAAGGUCGCAUCUAGAAAUGUCACUUUGGAACAGAUCUCUAUUUAAAGAAAUAAUUUCAAUAUAAUUUUAGAACAAAAAUGUAAUAUUUCAGGAAAAAAAGACAUUGUAGCCAUAGAAAUCUCAAUGACUUCGUAGGUGGAGAGCCAGGAUGGAAAGAAAGAGGUAAACAGUCAGUCAUUCCCUGCCUCUUGCUCUUCUGUCCAAAUGUCAGUCCCACUUCAAACAUCAGUUACUGAAAGUCACACUGUUGUUCCAAAAAGGAGGGGGUGGCAGGAUUCCAGGCUUACAUUGCCAAAUGAGAGAUGAAAUCACAGAAUUAGUUUUCUUUUUCUACCUGCUCAAAAGAAAAUAAUUGUGUUUGGACAAACAAACCACCAAAAUUGAAUUAAAUAUGUGGUUGAUAAAUGAAGUAUGGAAGAACGCGUGGAGAAACAACCCUGGCUACCAUAGGUACUCUAAAGUAGCGUUGGCUUCCAUGUGCAGUUAUUACACAUCCUUUGCUGAAAACUCUAUACACUUCACAAUUUUGAACCUCCUGUGUGUUUCCUCAUAUUUUCAAUCAAAUUAUUACAUACUAGAAAUAUGCAUAAGGGAAAUUAUUCUACACAUUUUAUGGUGUGCUGUUCCUUGUAGCAGUAAUUGAAGUACCUUUUCCACUUAUGAAAGUACUAAUUUUAUUUGGUUUUAUUGCUUUUCUAGAUGUAAUUAUUUAUUUAGUGUGUUUUGGCUUUAUUAAAUUAUGUUUACUAUAGGAACAUCAUAAAAAUGUAUGAAAACAACACAUCAGCCACUACUGCCCAAUGACCUGUUUUGGGGAAUCUAGUGUUAUUUUUCAUAUCCAAACAUAAUAGAAUAAAGUAAGAAUAAAGAGAUAAUCUACACUGGAAAACAAUGCAAUUUUGAGAUAAUACAAUAAAACACCUGGACAAUAUGAUUUCAUAAAUCUUAGUUCUGAAAUUUACAUGAGUUGGGCGUUGAUGUGGCUAUUUUAGGACAUGCUGCAUUUUCUAAAUGGAAACAUAACAUAAAAUGCAAUUAAACAACGAAAGGGGAAAGCAUAUACAGAUUUAGUAUGCCCUCAGCAACUUAUUUCUACAGCACAAUGAAAACAUUUCCACUUCAAAAAUGUAUUGGAUCGGUCUUUGGAAAAGUGGAGUUUUAAUCUAACAAUGAACAACAGCUUGUUUGUAAUGUUUUAUCAGAUUCUUUUUUAGGAACCUUCAGUGUUUGCAACAUAUCAUUCUAUUCAGGGUCAGAGGUGACUCCCACUAAAGCCAACAGCAAAACUCCCAGUAACUUCAAACAGAGGCUAGAUCUACUAAGCUACACCAAGAACAAAACCUUCAGCGUUUGCAGGAGUUACUGUGAUGUCCACCAUCAACCUAGCUCACUUUCAACUGAAUAGACAGGCAGGUAUAGUUUUGAGGUCUGUAAAGGAAUACUAAACAAAAAAAGGCAAAAACAAUUGCCUAUCUAACCCUGAGGUUAGAUACUUUCAUGCCAGAAGGAGGAGAAAUGUAAUUAAUCACAGCAGAUGACUAAGAGCUUUUUUAACUCUUUAACCCAUAGCAUGGAUGCCUUUCUGACCUUUUAAGUCACUCCCAAUAUGUGAUCAAAAAGGCUUCCUUUCUGUGCUAUUUAUGAGAUCCAGUUGCAGUCCAUACAAUGUUCUUUUAUAUUAUUGCACCAGAAAAAUCCAUGAAAGGAGGAAAUUUUGUGAAGUCAGUAGUGAAGCAUUCAGUAGCAAAUAAGAAGCAGAAGUUGAGAUCAAGUAAGGCUACCCUUGCAAGGUAGGGGAAGAUCAUAUGAAGAACCAAGUGCAAAUAUUAGAAUCGUAUAGAAGGCCUUUACUCACACGCACAGAUCAGCUGACUGCAGCAAUAGCACUUGCAAUAGCAGCUGCACAGAGUAUUUCAGUAUCAGAUCUACAGAGGAGAAUUAAGAUUAAAUUCAUGCAGGAAAACCGUAAGCUGAUCCACCCAGAGGGAAACAAUCUGAAACAAAGAGUGCGAGCAACUGUCAGGGCACAAUGAAAGGAUUCCAGGAAAGCACAAAAGACAGGAAGUGAGGGAGCAGGGGGACUGGUUUCAGAGAAUAUUCAAUAUUUAUUUUGAAUAUUAUCUUAGUCAGAAGAUAAUAUAGUAAUUAUUCAAACACUUCUAAAGGAAACAGGAAUCGUGUAUUAAGUCAGAAAGGACAAAACAGCAGUAACCAAAAUGCAAAGGAAUCCUGAUUUGGGAAAACAUUUUUUUGUGUAUGUUUUUUUCCCCCCUUAUAAUGCUUGAAUGGGGGAAACUUUCUGAAUUUUGAGUCAGUUUUCAGUUUGCAGCUGGAGAGCCUUUCCUGGUCUCAGAGAUACUUUCCUAUGAGGUAUAGUUUUGUGACUGCAACAAACUGCUUUUUUUUAUGGUCCUUCUCGGUCUUCAACAUGAGAACACCAGAGUCUUUGCACUUAACCCUUUUCUGAGGAACACAGACUAACUUUCCAUGGACAAACUGGAGCUGGGUUGAAAUCCAAAGCUCAGAUACAACCUGAAAGCAACUCCUUUGUUUGUGGCUAUAACUGGUGAGGCACAAAAGUUACUUUUAUUUCCUCUAUUAGCUACAUUUAGUACAGAGUAAAUUUGUUGGCAGCAGAGUAGAACAAGCACGCUUGAGAGAAGAAGUACACUCUAUUCAAUUGGAUACUUAAAGUGAUUUUUACAUUCAGUGAUAAUGGAAUUAUAACUAAUUUGUUGUUUGU